GGGGGGGGGGGUUUCAGCCCGAAAGCCUCCCCCCUUCCCCGUAAAUCCACCUGUGACACAGACUAGGGGGAGCGACCACCCUCCCAAUACAAAUGUUGAGAGGACGAGGAUAUUGUUUCGACCACUCCCUCCAAUAAUUUGAAUAAAAAAAAAUUAAAAUUGAUGACAAAUAUCGACUGUUCUACACACCAUGGGUGAUAAAUAGUCAGGACGCAGUUAUACUGAAUGUUUUUUAUUGGUGCCAACGUUUCAACCUAAGCGUACGGGUCAUCAUUUCGAGCACUUAAGUACUGGAACAGUACUUGAAUAAUUUCAGUGCUCGAAACAUGCCCUGAUGAUGACCCAUAUGCUUGGGUUGAAACGUUGGCAUCAGUAAAGAACAUUCACAAUGAUUGCGUCCUGAAUAUUUAUCAUCCAUAAAAUUGAUUAAGAAAAGUCGACUGACUGGCUGGCCUAAGGCCUAUAACUAGGUAUGUAAAUAUUUUAUCACGACCUAAAUAUAGCUACUACUUAAAUUUUCAUUUAUAUUCAGAGAUAAUUAUAUAGAAACAUACCCUACGAUUUUAUGGUUCAUUCAACUCGCAUGUGGACAACGCAAUUUUCACGUUAUUUUCUUAUAAAUUUUCUGCGAUAAAGUUGGAAAAAAUAUAUUUAAUUAGUACAAGCUUGUAGAGAAUGUUUUUAUAGACAUUUUUACAUAACUACGUAGACUGUGAUAACAUUGUAUUUUCCAUUCUAACGUUGUGCAAACUGAGAUAUCAAAAAUAUUUUUCAGUUUUUUAUUGUUAUUUAUUUUUAGCUCGAAAUGUACCUAUGUUAGGUUGUCCCCCGUUCAAUUCACAAUAAUUCUGUUGCGUUUCUACACAUAAUAUUAACUACUGCCAUUUUUUUUUUUUUUUUUUUUUUUUGGUCCGUCGACUUUUUAUUUACGAAAACUUUCAAAAAUAUAGCAUUUCCAAUCUGGAAAUCGGUAAAUUUUUUUAAUUUAAUGAGACACUAAAAACUCUUGCAUACUUUCAAGUCUCUCUCCAUUUAAAUAAAACAAUAAAAGUGGCGAAGAAACUGAAGUUUAAAACCAUCUACGUUCAGAAUAUGCAAAUGAAAACGAAAGAGAACAAAAAUAUCAUAAAAUUUCAUUUAUUUAAAAACGCAACGAAGGCUUUAUAAAGCAGGAACAAAUACAACAGGCUGCAGCGGCCCAACUGUACAAACAGUAAACCAACCAACUCGAGCUAGAAGUGGUAGUCCAGAUCCCCCCGUGAUUUUUUUUUUUUUUUAAUUUUUGUUUAGCUGAAUCAUACAAUAAAUCCUUGACCAUUACGAUCGAUAAAUAACCCGCAUUAAUCUGAAAAUCAAAAUUACUGAUUGGCUAAAAUAUGGGAUAAAGCAGAGAUAUUUGCAGAACAGAAGAGUUGAUUAUAACAAUUACAUAAAGGGACAUAAAUAAAAUUAAUCUAUGGAUUAAGACAGAUCAACUUCAUCCAUUUCAUUUUUUUCCCCAAUGCCUUGAGCCGUUUCGUCCAAUAUUAGCUUUGUUUCAAAACCUACCAUGGUGCAGGGCAGUUCAAUAGAUGCUCGGCUGUCAUAGAUCCUUGUCGAAAUAAUGAAAAUGAUGCUGACUUUACAAAUCCGAUACGGUGGAUGUGACUUAAGAGAGUCAUGUCCAAUCUAUAUCCGAAACUGCACAACGGUAUCAUUUCUUGGGAGAUCUACUCAAAAUUUUCUGUUAAAUGGAGCCCACUGCUUCUCUUAUAACUCUUGUAAUUUCUGUUAAAAAGGAUUUUACUGUGGGGAGUAAACGAGCAAAUAAUUCAACAAUAGUCGGUAGAGACUUUAACACUGAAAAAAAAAAAAUGUAUUGGAAUACAGAGCUCGGAAGGAAUCUAAUGUAGUGAUUACUAUGAAGAGUAUCGAAUCUCCAAAAACAUUUAAUAAAGACGAAAUUUUAUAUCCGAAUGUCGAGUUUUUCAUGAAUUCAAACUUUUUGAGAAUACGAAAACCAGAAAACGAAGAGUAUAUUAAGGAAUUUUGAGUACCCUCGAUUAGAAUCUACUCUAUUUUUUCGUCAUUAUGGACUAAGUUUAUUGUAUAUAGGUAUGAAUGUGUUUUAUAUAUUUUAAUUUCAUUUAGCUUUUCUCUAUUUUUUUUCUUUCCUCUAUUUUUUUUUUUUUUUUACCUAUGUUAUUAUUUGUAUGUAUAUAUUGUGUGAAUGUUCAAUAUAGCCCUAAUAUUAAUGCCCUCCAAUGCGGCAGAAUGUAUUAUUUUUCAAAUAAAAAAAAAAUAAAAUAUGGACUAAGUAGUAAUGCGAGUAUCAUAGAAGACAAGUAGAGCUUAACAGGUCUUAUAAAUAACAGCAAAUCGAAGGUCUUAUAAAUCAAGUCGCGAGUUUGAAAAGAGUUAGAGGAAAUAAUUUAUAGAAAUUUAGGAUCGUUUUCAUUUUUUUUUUUUUUUUUUAUAUUUUCGUCGAACCUGAUGUUUGUUUCAGUUCGGUUCUGACAAAGCCUCAGAGAAAGUCAAACAGGUAUCUCUCGGUUCCGGCAAAAUAAAUCAUUUGUGCCAGAAAGAGGUGAACUGAGUCCAAAAGUUAUAGCAUCCUUUUUUAACAAGGGGAAAACCGUCUCCGAAACUUUGGACAGUCCGAUUCAUAAAAGGAUCAUUGUAGGAUGAAGUUUCUUGAGAAUGAAAAGACGAGUUGUAACAAAUAAAUGUUUCUUACGAUCCAUAUUAAUCGAUAGCCGAAUCCUAAUAACUUUAAAAACUCAUGUAUAGUAAAAAUAAAAUAUUGCGAUAAGCACAUCAUUAUUUUAUUUUAUUUUUAAUCCCCAUUCUUUAGUGUACAUAGGUGUGAAUUUGUUUUAUUUAUUUUAUUAUUAUUUGGCUUUAAUGUGUUAUUUUACUUAUCUUGUAUAUUACUUUAUCUUUAUAUAUAUAUAUAUAUAUAUAUAUAUAUAUAUCUUUUUUUUCUUUUUCUCUUUCCCUUCUUACUUGGUUAUUUUUAUUUAUUUUCCUUUCUUAUGUACAUAUUGUGUGAAUGAAUACUAUAGCCCUAGUACCAAUGCCCUUCAGUGUGGCAGACUGUAUUAAUACUCAAUAUAAGAAAAAAAAAAAAAAAGAAACAUUCUUAGCAAUCUUGAAGUAUUUUUACACAAGUAUUACAACAAUUUUAUUACAAUAAUAUAAAUAAUCCAUCACAAAUUAAACUGGUUAUAUUGGAGUCAUCGGCGCACACAAAAAAAGUUUUAAAUAUAAGUAUUUAACGCUAAUCUUUAAAUUUAAUUCUUAUUACUUGUUUUAUCUCAAUACAAAAUAAUAUGUCUUAAACCCAAUAUGAUUUAUUUAACAAUAUCAUUACAUUUCCAGUGCUCAAGAGGGCAUUUGAUGCUUUUGCCCAGAACAGGGGUUACAUAGAAUGCAAUAUGGUGGGAACAAUCCUGCAGAUGUUGGGUCAUGAGCUCUCCGACGCCAGACUUAAGGAAAUCAUAGACGAAGUAGACGCAGACGGUUCUGGGCAACUAGAAUUUGAGGAGUUUGUCGCUCUUGCUGCAGGAUUCCUGACAGAAGAUGAUCAAGAUGCAGAAGCUAUGCAACAAGAACUAAGGGAAGCAUUUAGGCUCUAUGAUAAGGAAGGUAAUGGCUACAUAACCACUGCUGUUUUAAGAGAAAUUCUCAAAGAACUGGAUGAUAAAAUUACUUCACAAGAAUUGGACAUGAUGAUCGCUGAAAUUGACUCAGAUGGUUCUGGCACAGUUGACUUUGAUGAAUUUAUGGAGGUCAUGACAGGAGGCGAUGAUGAGCGGUAG